UCCUGGGACACUCACUGAGUGCUGGUGUGAGAGUCUGGCUGCUGAGCAGUGACAGAAGCUUAUUUUCCAGCAAAUAAAGGAACUAAAACUGACAGUCACAAUCAGGGAGGUUACAGGAAGUUUCUUCGGGCUGUUUUACAACUUCAUGCAAGGUUUUGCAAAAGAAAGAAGUAUUACAGAGUUUGUUGUUCACACCAAAAGCUGAGGCGUUCACUGACAAGAUGGGGGACGAGAACCAAAACGACAAAGUGCCUCUUGUUGAAGAAACAAAGGUGAAGGUGCUUUUUGAGACUGAAGCAUCACUGGGGCCUGAUGCCAAAGCUGACUACCCUCCUGCCGGGACGAACUCCAUCUACUCUGCAAUUCUGAGCAGGAAUGAGGCCGUCAAAGAUGCCAAACGCCUUAAGACCUUUUUGGAGCUGCGAGACAAAUACGUGAAUAAGAAGGUUGUGUUUGAAGAUCCGCUGUUUCCUGCAAAUGACUCCUCGCUCUUCUACAGUAAGAAACCUUCAAUGAAGUUUGAGUGGAAGCGUCCCUCGGAAAUCUGUGAAAACCCCCAGUUCAUCGUGGAUGGAGCCAACAGAACAGACAUCUGUCAAGGAGAAUUGGGUGACUGCUGGCUGCUCGCUGCCAUCGCCUGUCUGACUCUGAAUGAGAAGCUGCUCUACAGAGUGAUUCCUCCUGAUCAGAGCUUCACUGAAAACUACGCCGGCAUCUUCCACUUUCAGUUCUGGCGUUAUGGCGAAUGGAUUGACGUCAUCGUGGACGACCGUAUUCCCACCUGCAACAACCAGCUGGUUUUCACCAAAUCUUUCAGGUCCAAUGAGUUCUGGAGUGCUCUGUUGGAAAAAGCUUAUGCCAAGUUGCACGGGUCUUAUGAGGCUCUGAAAGGGGGCAACACUUUGGAAGCCAUGGAGGAUUUCACAGGUGGAGUUACUGAGUUCUUUGAGCUGUCCGAGGCGCCUAAAGAGCUGUUCAAGAUCAUGAGGAAGGCGCUGGAAAGAGGCUCGCUGAUGGGCUGCUCCAUAGAUGUUUUCUCCGCCAGUGAAAUGGAGUCUCGGACCGAGCAGGGCCUGGUCAGAGGUCACGCCUACUCCAUCAUCGGCCUGCAAGAGUGUGAUGAAGUUUCAAAGGACACCAGGAUUCGCCUGAUCCGUUUGCGUAAUCCCUGGGGUUGGGUGCUCUGGAAGGGACCCUGGAGUGCAAAUUCCAAUGAGUGGUCGACCAUUUCUAUUGCAGACAAGGAGAACCUGAAAAAACAGACUGUAGAGACGAGCGAGUUCUGGAUGUCCUUUGAUGAAUUCAAGAAGAAUUUCACCAAGCUGGAGAUGUGCAACCUGACGCCCGACACGCUGCAGGGAGAUGAAAGACACAGCUGGACAGUGUCUGUCAAUGAGGGUCGCUGGGUGAGAGGAAGCUCUGCAGGUGGCUGCAGGAACUUUCCAGAGACGUUCUGGACGAACCCUCAGUAUCGGCUGCAGCUGUAUGAGGAGGACGAUGACCCAGAGGAUGAGAAGGUGGCCUGCACCGUCGUCGUGGCUCUGAUGCAGAAAGGACGAAGGAUGCAGCGACAUCAAGGGGCCAGAUUCCUUACUAUUGGAUUUUCCAUCUACGAGGUGCCAAAGCAGAUGCGUGGAAAGAAUCAACAUCUGCAGAAGGACUUCUUCCUCUACACGGCCUCCAAAGCAAAAUGCAAAACAUACAUCAACCUGCGGGAGGUGACGGAACGUUUCCGUCUGCCUCCGGGAGAAUACGUCAUCAUCCCCACAACGUUUGAAGCCCAUCAGGAGGGAGAGUUCAUCCUCAGGGUUUUCUCUGAGAAGAGGAGCACAUCUGAGGAAGCCGAGACCUCCAUCGGAUCUGACCAAAUACAGCAAGACAAGAAAAAGAAAGAAAAGCCUAUUGUAUUUGUGUCAGACAGAGCGCGAGCCAACAAAGAAAUCGAGCACGACGGCAUUCAGGGGGAAAAGAAGAAAAAACCAAAGCGAAAACUGUUGGAACCCGAGGAAGAGACUGAAGAGGAAAAACAGUUCAGGGCCAUCUACCAGCAGAUUGCUGGUGAAGACAUGCAGAUCUGUGCCAACGAGCUCAAGACGAUCAUGAAGAACGUACUUGCUAAACAUAGUGAAAUAAAGACGGAAGGUUUCAGCCUGGAGACGUGUCGGAGUAUGAUCGCCUUGAUGGACACUGAUGGAACAGGGAAGCUGAAUCUGCAGGAGUUCAAACACUUGUGGAGAAAGAUCAAGGAGUGGCAGGUCAUCUUCAAGCGUUACGGUAAAGACAAAUCCUGCUCCAUUAGCAGCUUUGAGAUGAGGAACGCUGUGAAUGAUGCAGGGUUUCACCUCAACAAACAGCUUUACGACAUCAUAGCUAUGCGCUACGCAGACGAACACCUCAACAUCGAUUUCGACAGUUACAUCUGCUGCUUUGUGAGACUAGAGGGGAUGUUCAGAGCUUUUAAUGCUUUUGACAAAGAUGGAGAUGGAAUAAUCAAACUCAACGUCCUGGAGUGGCUUCAGCUGACCAUGUACUCUUAAGUUGCCUUCUUGUCUAUAAGACAGUCAUGUGACAUCAACUCUGUCACAGAAAUCAAAAUGUUUUUUGCACAGGUGUGGCGUGAAGAGCAGCUUUGAAAAUCAGAGGUUUCAUUACUUGUCUUGUAUUGUAUUUAGACAUCUCUCCGGUUUUCAUGGUCUAGAUUAAAAGUCAACUUUAGUUUGAAAUCCUAAAGCAUCAUCAGUUUUCUCAGCUUUAAAGCGAGCGAUGAAAUUUGAUUAUCGGUGCUGUUAAAGACAAUGAAUGAAUCGUUAUAGAAAUACUGAAUGUAUAAUGUUUUUAAAAUAAAGUGGAGGUGAACCCUGUCAA